AUGAAAGCUACCAUGCAUGCUUGGUCAUGCAUAGCAUAUAUGCCAAUUCCACAAUUUGUCUGUCACCCAGACUUUGCCUCGCUCUUGCAAGCCCAUGUCUGGCAUCAGUGUAUGGAUAUUGUAUUCCAGGGUGUCAAAUCUGCAGCUGCGACAGGUACUCAAAUGGUGGACCCAGUUGGCAACCUACAUUACUCAUUUACCCCCCUUGUUGCAUACACAGCAGACCUCCCUGAGCAACAGUUAAUUGCAUGUGUAAGCAAGAAUGCUUCGCCUGUGACUUUGGCCAUGCAGUUGCAGUUUGGCGACAGGAAGUUGUAUCCGCCUCGUUCCGGCCAUCUUACAAUUGAAGCGCUUCACAAACUCUGCCGAUGCAUGGAUCCUUGGAAAGUUCAGCACUUCCAAGAAGAAGCCAAGGUGCUUUUACUGAGCGGUGUCCAGCUUCCCUUCUGGCGCAAUUGGCACUUUUCUGAUCCAGUGCUUUUUCUUGCACCUGAUUGGUGCAAGGAGGCUGUCGGGGCUGAUGAACUUGACACCUGCUUUUGCAGCCAGCAUAAACACAUCAGAAUGCGCCAUUUCGGCCAAGGUAUCACACACAUUGUGCAGAUGACCGGUCACGAACACCAGGUAAUCCAACACACGAUUGUUCCUACUAUUGCGGGUGUUGUUGACGUCAAUUUCAUUUGUGCAAUUUGUGCAUUGAUUGAUUUCAUCUAUCAGGCACAGUCCCCCACAUUCACUCCAUCAUCAAUCUCUACUAUGAAUGCUUCGCUCCAAGAGUUCCAUCCUUCACUCCUUUAUUGA